CAUUCCUAUCCCGCAGUCAGUCAAUCAUGGCGUCGUCAAGUCUCGUGUGUAAAGUACACCCUGUGGUGUUUUUCAGCGUCAUAGAUGCUUACGAAAGGCGUAAUGAAGAUGCCAAAAGAGUUAUUGGAACUUUAUUAGGCACAGUUGACAAAGGUGUUGUUGAAGUAACAAAUUGCUUCGCCGUACCUCAUAAUGAGUCAGAUGAUGAGGUGGCUGUUGAUAUUGAGUAUGCACGGAACAUGUUUGAGCUACACAAGAAAGUCAACAGUAAUGAGGCCAUAGUUGGGUGGUUUUCAACAGGCUGGGAAGUGUCUGUGCAUUCUGUCCUCAUCCAUGACUACUACUCCAGGGAAACCAAAAACCCUGUCCAUCUCACUGUUGACACCAUUAUGCGUGGUGGGAAAAUGUCAAUCAAAGGCUAUCACAGCACUUUGAUAGGAGUUCCUGGCAAGACUACAGGAACCAUGUUCACUCCAGUGCAGGUGGAAACAAUCACAUAUGAUCCAGAACAGGUUGGAGUUGAGACUCUGCAGAAAGGCAAAUACAACCAGAAGCGUAUUGUUCAGCUGAAGUCAGAUCUGAAACAAGUAGAGACCUCCUCCCAUUGGCUGAGGGAAAUGCUGGCUCAUGUCACUCAGUAUGUGGAUGAUGUGCUGGCUGGCAAAACUCCAUCAGACAACACGACGGGGCGCUUUCUGCUGGAUCUGGUCACAGGAGUUCCGCAUAUUGACUCGGAUAAAUUUGAGAACAUGUUGAAUUCAAACAUGAAGGAUCUUCUGAUGGUGGUGUACCUGGCCAAUCUAACAAAGACACAGCUAGCCCUGAAUGAGAAACUCAGCACGCUGUAACUGAAACGGAAGAUUGUUUUUAUUUAUAUUUGUCAUCUGCUACAUGUACAUUCAUAAAGGGAAGGAGUUUAGCAGGAGCAUGUUCAAUAAAUCUCUGGCAACAGUCCA